AUGUACUCUCCAGAAGAAUAUGACAGAAUUGUCUCUGCAGAGUUGCCAGAUAAAAUCAAAUCUCCAUAUCUGUUCUCUCUUGUUAUAAAAUGCAUGCUUCAUGGUCCAUGUGGAUCUCUGAAUCUAAAGAGCCCUUGUAUGCGACAAAAUCACAAAUGCAAAAACAACUAUCCGAAAGAUUUUUCUGAGUUCACAAAGCAUGGAAAGAACUCAUAUCCAUUGUAUAGGAGCCGUGAUGAUGGAAACAGUGUCAUGAUUAGAGAUCACAAGUUGGACAAUCGUUGGGUUAUUCCUUAUAAUGCAUAUCUUCUAGCAAAAUAUGAUUGUCACAUCAACGUUGAAAUUUGUUCUGCUAUCGAAGCUGUAAAAUACAUAUAUAAAUAUAUAUACAAGGGUCAUGACCGAGUUAUAUACCAGCUGAAUGCAGAAGAGGCAGAAAAAAUUGUUGAUGAACUAAAAAAUUUCCAGUCUGGUCGAUGGAUCUGUGCCCCAAAAGCUAUGUGGAGAAUCUUUGCUUUUGAUCUCAGUGUCAUUAAUCCAGCUGUUAUUGUUCUACAUUUACACCUACAAGAUUAUCAGUCAAUGCCCUUCCAUGAAGAUAGACCACUGCAGGAUAUCAUUCAAGAUGAAAGACUUCAACGAACAAUGCUUACAGAAUUCUUUGUUCUCAAUCGAACAAAUAAGCAAACUCAAGAUCUCAAUUUAUUAUAUAAGGAAUUUCCCCAAUACUUUGUUUGGGAUGAAGAUGAUAGAAUCUGGUAUCCUCGAAAACGUGGACAGGUCAUCGGCCGUAUCACCACAGCACAUCCAAUAGAAGGUGAAAGAUACUAUCUUAGAAUGCUGCUAAUGCAUGUUCGAAGGCCAAAAUCUUUUACUGAUUUAAAGACAGUAAAUGGAUUCAUUGCUUGUUCAUUUAAAAAAGUUACAGAAAUUCGGGGAUUGUUCCAGAUUGAUAAUGGAGCAGAGCAAUGUCUAUCAGAGGCUGCACUGUACAAAAUGCCAUCAUCUCUGAGACAACUAUUUGCUACCAUUUUGAUAUAUUCUCUGCCAAGCAGUCCAAAAGAACUUUGGGACAAAUUUUAUCACUCAUUAUCAGAAGACAUAGCAAAUCAGUCCUUCCUAUUAGAGGAACAAACAAGAGCAAAAGUCCUUCAUCUUAUUGAUGAACAUUUACAAAUAAUGGGAAAGAGUAUAGCAGAUUUUGGCUUCUCACAAUCAAUUCCAACAAUGCCUUUCGUUGCUAUCACAAAUAAAGCUGUUAAACUUCACGAGUAA